UACAAAAACUUGAGAUUCUAUUUAGAUCACUCUUAUCCAAAAGAAGCUCUUUGUGACCAAGAUAAAAUGGCUCUUAGCUUCACUUGCUAUGCUUCACUUAUCACCAAAUCUCAAGAUCAGCUUAAUUACAGCAAGUACAAUGGGGUUGAAAAAGUGAAAAGCAUCAUAAAGAAGACAGUGAUUCCUUCUGUUAGUUAUUCUCCUGUUGAAUCACUUCAGAAGGGCAAUUGGGUUAAGCUCAUUUGUGGUGCUAGCUUUGAGGAUUUGGUUGAUAUCAGGAACCUUUCUCUGGUUUAUACUCUUGCAGGAGUUGAUUGCAUUGACUGUGCUGCUGAGGCGUCGGUAGUGAAUGCGGUAAAUGAAGGGAUAGAAGCAGCUAGAGCCCUUGUUCCCAUACGCAGACCAUGGGUAAUGAUCAGUGUUAAUGAUGACGAGGAUCUUCAUUUCCGUAAAGCUGAAUUCGAUCCAGAUGAUUGCCCUCAGGAUUGCACGAGACCUUGUGAGAAAGUCUGUCCUGCUAAUGCAAUAUUGCAAAAGGGUGGAGUUUUGGCGGAGCGCUGUUAUGGUUGUGGUCGCUGCCUUCCGGUUUGUCCAUAUGACAAAAUAAGAGCUAUUACGUACGUGAGAGAUGUUACAGCUACAGCUGAACUUCUUGAUAGGGAUGAUGUUGAUGCCAUAGAAAUUCAUACAAGUGGAAGGGAACCUUCAGUUUUUAAAGAACUCUGGAGUGGGUUGGGGAACUCGACCACAAAUCUGAAGCUCAUCGCAGUUAGCUUUCCCGACUUGAGAGAUUCAACCAUAUCUGCAAUGAAAGCUAUGUACGCCAUAAUGGAAGCCAACAUACAAUGCUUCAACUUAUGGCAGUUGGAUGGUCGACCAAUGAGUGGAGAUAUUGGGCGAGGUGCCACGAGAAAUGCAAUUGCUUUUGCACGAAAAUUGGCCUCUGCUGGCGACAAGCCUAAAGGUUUCCUCCAACUGGCCGGUGGCACAAAUGAUCACACAGUAGAGGGGUUGAAGAAAGAAGGAUUAUUCCAGAUGACGACUGUACAUGAGGCUUCAAGAUAUGAGACAAUUCCGAGCUCCUUACAUUCACCAAAUGCUUUGAUUGCUGGUGUGGCCUUUGGCGGCUAUGCACGAAAGAUCGUCGGUAGAGUUUUGAGUUCUGUGCAAAGUCAUCACGGACUUGCUCGAGUUGAAGAUUUCCCCGAGCAACUUCUGCAGGCCAUUAUUGAAUCACUAGCUCUGGUUGGAACUGUUAAAUGUUACAACAUCCAGAAGCCGAGCACUUAGAUACACCAGCAAGAAUUUCUAACUAUGAGGUCUCAGGAAGGCCUGUCCAAGGAUUGAUGAUGGUCGUUGGUACACAGAUUCAAGGAAAAACGUCGAAAUCAGAGAUAACAGUUUUAUUGCUCAUACAGAACGUAGAUGUACAUAAUGCAUCAUCGCAGAUCUGCAGGGAAAGGCUUCAAAA